CCCGCGCUUUUUACGCACAGCAGCUUUGUGUGAUCCAGGCUAGAUGCUAAAGUAGCCCCUCUGUUGGCCUCACAGACCCGCAGUUCCACAAAAGCCACCCGUUAUUGCUGAAGCAAACGAGCCAAGACCGUCGGUCCACACAUCUCAAGGGGAAGUGCCAUUGGCCUGCGACAGCGUGGUGUUCAGCAACAAACUUUAUUAUGGGCAAAAAGUCUCGCGAAGAGGACUCCUCCUCCUCAGAUGAGGAAGAAUAUGUUGUGGAGAAGGUGCUGGACAGGAGGGUGGUCAAAGGCAGGGUCGAGUUCUUCCUGAAGUGGAAAGGAUAUUCAGAAAAACACAACACCUGGGAGCCAGAGAAGAACCUGGACUGCCCUGAGCUUAUUUCAGAAUUCAUGAAGACCUACAAGAAAAGCAGCAGCAGCAGUGGUGGAAGCUCCACGCCUAGCAGCGGGGCCAGCAAAUCUGGCUCCUUGGGACGCACCAAAGACUCCAGUGGCUCAAAGAAGAGGAGCUCGGAUGACGAUGAGGAGGGUGGAAGUAAGCCCAAGAAGAAGAAGGAGGAUGACAUUCUAGUCGCACGUGGCUUUGAGAGAGGCCUCGAGCCUGAAAAGAUCAUUGGAGCAACUGACUCAUGUGGAGAACUAAUGUUUCUUAUGAAGUGGAAAGACUCUGAAGAGGCUGAUCUCGUGCUCGCCAAGGAGGCCAAUCAUAAGUGCCCACAGAUUGUCAUAGCCUUCUAUGAGGAGCGUCUCACCUGGCAUGAAGACAGUGACAAGAAGGAGAAGGAUGCCGUGAGUGCGUGAGUGCAUCACCUCAGGAGGAAACAGGACCUCCUCCACUGCAGGGACAACCUUGAGUCAGACAUUUUCACACCCAAAUCCCCCAAAAAAAUAUCUCCAUCCAUGCCCCACUGGAGCACAAGGGCCCCAGACUGCUGAGAAGGAUCCAUCAGACACGAGGGGGAGCUGUAGCGGACAUGGGUGACAUGCUACUGGGGAGGGUUUCUGCUGUUCUGUCUUUGUAUUCUUUCCCUCGUUUUUACUGUCUUAACACAUUAUGUUUUAGUGCUUACGGGAUACCAUCAUUUCAGUAAGGUAUGUUGCAUCCAUGAGCACAGAUGGCCAUCUGCUAAAACUCAGAACAUAGUCUUGAGAGCCAGAGUUAGUAUAAGCUGUGUUAACCAUGAGCUUGUCCCAUGACAGGUGCACAACCCCCAUCAUCAAGCCUUUAUAGGCAGUGCACCCCUUUGCUUUAAGAACCCACUAACACCACUGAGGAUAAAACUGUAGUAUGAAUAUUCAGGAAGCAACCACCGCAGCACUUUCCUGACUGCAUAAUCACUUCCUUUUUAAAAACUUUUUAUCUCUUGUAGAUUUUUUUUUUAAAGUUUGUCCCGCCUACGAGGACAUAACUACUCGAUUUGCAAACUUGCAGACACCGGCCAAUUAUGUCUUUAUAAGUAGUGAUGAUAUCCAUGUUCAUUUUUUUAAAAAAAAAGAAGUCAUUUUAUCUUCUUGUUUCCAAGUUUUAACGUGAAUGUUGUGUGUUGUUGUGUUUUUUUUUUGUUUGUUUGUUUGUUUUUUUAAUUUCUUUAUGCUAUCACCAGUUCAAAAAGGACAAUAAAAUGAAUUUUGCUCAGUUUUGUACCCUUUUUUGUUUGUUUUUAACUUUUGUAACACUCAUGUUCACAGGUUAGAUAAUCUUUACUGUAUCCACAUGAAACGAAACCAGCAUUCAGCACCAGUCAUUGGUGUCUGCCACCUUGUGGCUAAAAGAUAAAAAUCUUUUGGACUGUGUGACCAGUCUAAGACGACAACCCUGCAGUUUGAUGGUGUUAUUGAACUUGUUGGUUAGUGAUAUUUUGAUAGUUAUUUUUUUUGUUUUGUUUUUUUAAUGGUGUAAAGUGGAGAAACCCACUCCAAAAAUAGUGUUGUUGAUAUCAUGGUAAUGUUAAUUUGAAUCAUUAAAAUAAGUUUCUGAUUGGAUUGUUAUAUCCAGGGUUUUAUUGUGAUGAGUAAUUUUGAUUAUUCUCGGCCGUAAGUAUUCAGAUUUCAAGAUGGACGAUGUUGCUGCUGGGCAAGUGGACGUCAAUUCUUAGAAGUUGGAUGCCGGUUUUGUAGUUUGAUCUUCGGUGCUUCAACAUGGACUCUUAGGACCAAAUGAUAAGCGUCAAUAGACUGAGAUCUGUUGUUUUUUUUUCUUUCCUUUUGAAUCUUGUAAAUGAAGCCUGUGACCUUCUCCCCUUUCAUACAUACAGUACAUUAAUCAUGAAUAUGGUUUGGUGUAUUUUCUUUAAUUAAAAAUAUUUUGUCCUUUCA